AUGGACACUUCCCCACCUGUACCCAGGCGCUUCGUCCCGGAACCUAUAGAGACCACGGUCAAAAGCUCCAGAUCCGCUCGAAACCAGUCAGACAACCCCUCCUCGAGUGCUUCUUCCGAGGGCACAUUCUCUUCCCCAUAUACGAGCGAUUCCAUGACUCCCAGUACGAAGCCUCGCCGGUUCCUGCCCCAGCCGAUAGAAGAAAGCACAAGGAGUUCUCAAACGAAGAAUAACGUGGACCAUGUAGUGGACGCUGCUACAACGACGCAGGACGGUCCAUUCUCGGACUCGGGCAGUCCACAUUACUCCCAUUCGGAUGAUCCUACCCUCCCUGGAGUACCGAACAGCAGGCCUCCAAGGCGCUUCGCUCCAGAACCGGUGGAGACUACUGCACGGUCUUCGAGGCGGAAAUUCGUCCCUGAACCAAUUGAGACGAGUACGGGAAACAGCAAGGACAAAGGGAAUUCAACAGACGAGGGGGCCGCCCCUAAGCCUCGCAGGAAAUUUGCACCCGAACCUGUGGAGACCACCGCAAGAAGCUCCAAGGACAAGAAAGCAAAGGACUCUGAAGAGACAGCAGGCUCACGACCGCGGCGAAAGUUCAUCCCAGAACCCAUAGAAACCACCACUACCACGAACAGACGACGCAAGGUCAGCCUUGAUGAGAUAUGCGAAGAAGAGCCUCCCAAGACCGACGAUUCUUCUCCCUCUAGUCGAGCGUCUAGUGGACCUCGAAAAUUUUCUCCGGAACUACUAGAGACUGCCAAAGGAUCCUACCGAAGAUUCCAUCCACAGACGCCCGAGACCAGCGUGUCGCCAGCCCCUAGUAGGCGGGCACCGUCGCCACCACCCAUCGAAGAAGACCCCACGUGUGAAGAGGUCCCUGAACCUGAAGAAGAAUCUCGCUUCUCAGCUGCAGCUUUGGCCCGGAAGAACCCUGAAUCGCUCCGACAACAUUCAUUCAUCGUUCCUGACCUACCCAUAAUCGAGUCGACCACCGAGGAUGAAGAUUCAGAAGCACCUUCUUUAGCCGACUCUUCGUCCUCAUUUGGGUCGUCUGUUGCGAAGAAACCGCCGCCCAGCACAAAAGACAGCUACACCGAAUAUGUCCUCCGUCUGGCCGCCGAGACGGUGACCGAAAAGGAGCUACAAGAGCAGGCUAUGGCGGCUUACAUCAACGAAAGACCUCACGAGCCCGUCGAUCACUUUGCCAUUGACCACGACGAAGAUGAGGACGGGCCGCUGCCGAGCCCCAUAUUCCAGGGGGAGAAAGGAGUUGAUGCUCGCGCUUUUCGACGGUCUUCGGCUGCGGAGCUGGCAUUGGAAAUGGACCAUAUGCGCAAACAUCAUGAGCGGUUAGAAGCAGCGAAGCGGAGCCUCAAAGCUGACACUGCCGGUCAAAGUCGAUUUAGUGCCGCAGCGCUUGCGACGCGACACGCUCUUGAGGCGAAGGGAGUAAAGAAGCCGAAGAAACCACGAGCCGAGGAUGAAGAUUCAGAGUUGGCCCGUAUGAGAGCCGCUGCAUCUCCGCCAAUGCUGGGUGUCGAUCUCGUGUUCCCAUUCACCAUUUCGCCAAAAAUGACCCGCUGUGACCCAGAUCAGGCUCCGAGACCGAGAACUGCAGACAGCGAUGACGACGAGUUGGAGCCAAGCAGUCCCGAACUGUGGAGAUCAAACAAGAAGCGCGAAAACAACGCUGGGGAAGGCUUGUGGAUGGGUAUGUGCCAGGCAGGACUGUGGCAACCUCAAAGUCCCAAGAAUGGCCAGCGAAGUGGCAUCCAGACCCCUUCGCCAUUGACUCCAGCCGGUGAAAGAAAUAAUCCGUUCGAGAGCACGACCCCUGGCCGCGGGACUAGGACCCCCGGACGUCGUAGGGUGCUGUUCGCAUCGGGCCAGCCGCACGUCCCGUUGACGCCACCGCGGAGUCAAGAUGGCGAUGACGUCUUCACCAGCACCAUCGACCGGAAACUACAGCUCGAAAAGCAAAUAGAGGAGGAAUUCCCUGAUCAUGUCAUCACACAGAUAUACAACUAUCUCUCUCUGGGCUACCCCAGCUUAGCUCACAUGUUCGACGACGAGUUGAGCAAAAUCUCCCGGAUCCCGAUCGAAGAGCUUCGCAAAGAUGAUAAGCACGUCGAUGCGAAGGGCUACGUCGGAGCUCCUGAAGGAGACGGCUGGGACGAAGCAGAGGUCAUCGGCCGCUGCAAGCGGUGGGAGGCUCUCAGGCUAUACGUCAAGGAAUGGGCAAGACAAAGUCCCAACUUUGCGGACGAGAGGAAACGGGCUGCGCUGGGUGCAAAUGAAGAUUGGGGUGCCAGGGUUAGAAGAGGGAGUUGGGCUCAUUAG